UUUAAAGAUUUUUUCUUUAGCUACUUAGCUAAGGGGUUGUACAGACAACAAUACCCGGAUGAGAGCCCUCUAUGCUCUAAUAUUCUCUAAACCGAGAAUAUUUAAAUCCGCGAAAAGUUUACUAUUAUACUGAAUAAUACGAAACGUGUUAAUACAUGUUAAUAUAUUACAUUAUAUAUAUUAAUACAUAAUAAAUAUGUGGCUAAAUACUGUUGAAUAUUUCAAUAACCGGCUAAACUCUGUACACUUUAGGAACUACUUGAAACCGACUCCGUGUAUCUUGUCGGAUUUAUUUUGAUGCCGUACGUCAGUGAGAGAACGUGUGGCUAGACGUGAAAUUAUCUCUAUCUGUAAUCGUGCUGAGUUUAAUACUAAAACAUUAAGUUAGAUAUCGAAUGAUUUAGGAGGUGACAUAGACAUGUCUUAUCUCUAUAAGAGGUUAGGUGAAGUUUGUUGGCGGAGCAGAGCUGCUUUUCCUUUCACUCCAUCCCAGCGGUGUAACUCUGCUGCAGUGCCGUUUGUCCAGCCUGAAUUUCUGAGAGCAUCUCCACACCGUAAACACCCCGGAGUGACCAACCUGAAAACCCUCAGACUUCCAGAGGAACUGCAGAGUGGAGCUCUGUCUGUCAUCUACAAGACGGAGGUGAAGGAUCUGUCAGAGAGAGCACUCAAGCUGACGAACUUCCUGUGGAGCAGGAAACGAGCGGUUGAGAGCCAUGAGCUGAGAGAGAGAGCCAUCACUCUGGAGAAAAAGUGGAAGGAGGAGGUGGGGGAGAAGGAUGAGCGACUGAGCGAUGAAAACCAUGUCUCCUUCGAGUCUCGAAUCCGGAUGAAAGUUUUAUCUGAACUGAAGAGGACGACGUACCACUGGACACCUCUAAAGUAUGACACUGAUCUCGGGGUGGUGUACAUGACUGCCAGAUUAGCAGGUGGCUACGCUGCAGUGAUGAGGGCUCUUAAUGAGAUAAAGAAGAGAGACUCCUCCUUCACUCCUCACUCACUGCUGGACUUCGGCUCUGGACUCGGCACGGCUGUUUGGGCCGCACACACACACUGGGGCGAUUCUCUGAGGGAGUAUGUGUGUGUCGAUGCUUCUGCAGCCAUGAACAGUCUCGCCGAGAGACUUCUAACAGGGGGCACUGAAGGAGACAAGCCACUCAUCAAACACGUUUACUUCCGUCAGUUUCUUCCCGUUUCACCAAAGGUUCAGUCUGAUUUGGUUCUUGCUGCUUUCUCUUUAUCUGAGUUAUCCACUCAGGAAGAACGAGAGGAGACACUGCUCACACUGUGGAGGAAAACACACUCCUACCUGGUUUUAGUGGAAAACGGAACAAAAGAAGGACAUCAGAUCCUCAUGGAGGCCAAAGACGUCUUACUGAAGAGGGAAGAAAAAGUGAGUCAUGAUAUUCGGAGGCCGGUGGUGUUCGCUCCUUGCACUCAUCAGCAGCCGUGUCCCAAAUUACUGAAGCAGCCAGUCACCCCCUGCAACUUCCUGCAGCCCUACUACGCACUUCCUGUGUCUGGGAACAGAGAGGCCGUGCAGGAGAAGUUCAGUUACCUGGUGGUGUCGCGCUCUGAGCUGCACGAUUCUGAGGCGGUGCAGUGGAGCAGAUUAAUUUCUCAGGUCCACAGACGGCCGAGACACGUGCAGUGUCAGAUCUGCUGCUCUGACGGGGAACUCAAACAGCUCGCCAUUACUGCAAAGCAUCAUGGGAGAGACACAUACCGCUGCGCUCGGAGCAGUGAGUGGGGCGACAGGCUGCCCGUCGUCACCACCGAGAAACUCACACACACCAGUAAACCAGAGAAACUCACGGACUCUAUACCUUCCUCUCAGUUAUGCUGAAAGACUCAUGAGAACCCAUCAGACAGUUCUACUGGUUCCUAAUGGGUUCCUGAUGGUCUGUAGUGGUAGUGAUGGAAGGUUCUGGUGGUAUUUAACCGGAACCAGUAAAUCUCUAAUGGAGAACAUAAAGCCACAGGCUAUUACGUGAUGGAAACCAUUAGAGAUUUACAGACUGUAAUUUUCUGAAGCACAUCGUGUCGACAUUCAUGAUUUAGCCAGAAUGCUUUGCUGCACUAAGCAUGGUGGAUUAAGUCGUUUAUAAAUAUUAGCAAUAAAACUCUUAAUAUUUCAGAAAU